AGCACAUCCCCUUCUUCUAUUGCAUGCUGGGAGUCGUAGUUCUGCCGUGUCUUAUCUUUCCUCCGCCUCUUUCCUGGGGCGUUCUGGGAAUUGCAGUUCUUUCCCUCUAGCUGGUUUCCUCCUUGUGCCUCGUCCCUGUCCCCAAUUCCUCCCCGGCUGGGCAUGAAUGGGGCAGGGGAGCCUGAUCCUGGUGGUGGGGGCUACAAGAGGCGGUACAGGGCCCUGAAAAGGAGACUCAAGUUCCUGAUCUAUGAACAAGAGUGUUUCCAAGAAGAGCUGAGGAAAGCACAGAGAAAACUCUUAAAAGUUUCACGUGAUAAAAGUUUUCUGCUUGAUCGCCUCCUCCAGUAUGAGAAUGUGGAUGAAGAAUCAUCAGAUUCUGAAGCGACAGCCUCCUCUGACAAUAGUGAUGGGGAGAUGCCCAAAGCGGAGCAGCCGUCUCUAAAGAGAAAACGAAGUCCCCAACUUGGCAGUGCCUCAUCCCCUUCAUCUUCAGGACUUUCCCUCCAGCCGACGUCCGGCUUUGGGCUUCCGGCGUCAGGGACACCAUCCCCCUAUUUGACUUCUCUGGCCUCGCCCCCUUAUGCUCCUUUCCCCUCUGACUACUUGGCCCUGGGGCCUGAGGCUGGGCCCCCUCCACCUGACACCAACGCCACCCGCUCUGCCCGGAGGCCCUCGAGGCCUCGCAAGCUCAAGCUCCCACUGCCCCCCACCUCCAUGUCCGACUGUGGAAAUGUAGUCGUGGGGCUGCCCUUUCCUUCACCCCGGGGAGCCCCCAAGCUUCCACCACCCACCAUCCUCAGCACAGUGCCCCAUCAGAUGUUCAGUGACACAGGGGAGGGAAGUGGUGAAGAUCCCCUGGACGGUGACGAUGAACUGGUCAUUGAUAUUCCUGAGUAACCAUGGAGACCGGCGCACCCCAUUUAAAGGACACAAACCUCCUUGCGAUACGUGUGGGGGCUGUACCCCAUAUUUUAUUUUGGUGAUUUACAGACUCCAAAAACAUGCAAAUCAGUCAAUAAAUGCAAUUGUUUUGUAUAAAAAAA